UUUCUCUCUUCAAAUUUCUGUCUUUUUUCCUCACUGUAAACACAGACAACUCCCCCCCCCCUAUGCUUUCAGCAAUUUGUCUUCUAUUACCAUUUCUUAUUUGACCAAAUUCCAAAAAAGGAAUCUUGCUGAACAUUCACAAAGAACAGAGCAGAUUGAUUAUUCACAAAAAAAUUAAAUAAUGUAAGCUAAAUUAAAUAAAAUAUAUGCUCAAUAGUAAGCAACUUCUUCUUGAUUCUUGAUUCAGUUCUUAAAGUUCUCUUCUUUUUUUUCUAAAGAAAGAAUCUGUUAACAAUGAUGGUUUCCUUUUUCGUCAUCUUCUUCCUCUGUUUUUCACCUCACUUAUCAUUUGCCACCACCGCCGCCGCCGUCUCCGGCAACAACCGUCGUGUUCUCCAUGAACCCUUUUUCCCAUUAGACUCACCACCACCUUCUUCUCAACCACCCAUACCUUCUCCUCCAGCCCCAACAGAGUACCCAUUUCAAGGCUCUACUCCUCCUGAUAACAGUGAUAAUAACCCCUUUUUCCCUACUUACCCUUCUCCUCCACCUCCCCCUGAUUCACCUGCUGAUUUCAUUCCUGCAAAUGUUUCUUCUAUUAUCCUUCCAAAUACCUCCAAAUCUAACCCUGUUUCAAAUAAACUUAUUGUCACUGCUAUUAUUUCUGUUCUUGCUGCUGUCAUUGUUCUAUCUAUUGCUAUCUUUUUACAUAUACGAAAGCGAAGGAAACAGAGUGACCGGAAAACUCAAAGAUCUGAUAGUAAUAGCAAUGGGUUGAGUCGGGAUGGUGCUAGGAGUGAUGGUAAUAAUGGUAUUCCUAAGCUUCAAAGACCGUCUCAAACUAGUUCGGAGUUUCUCUAUUUGGGUACUCUUGCUAGCUCACAUGGCGGAGUUGAAACACAUAAUGCUCAGAAUCGUAAUGGUAGUAACACUAGCUCUACUCCUUCUUCGAGAAAAAUGGACUCGCCGGAGCUCCGUCCAUUGCCGCCGUUACAUGGACGGAAUUUGAGACAGAGUUAUGGGAAUACCAGGUUUUUCUCCGGUACUGCUGAAAAUGAUGUAGAUUUUUACUCUUCUGCGGGAUCUAUGGGUGGUAGAGAGAGUUCAAUCGGAGGUGACUCACUGUCCCGGAGAGAUUUUUCUGCUGUUGAAGUUGAGAAAUUUGUUGGCUGUAGCUCAUCUUCUUCGAGUUCAUCCUCGAGUUCCGGGUCCGGUUCACCGGUCCGGUCUGUAUCGCUGAGCAUUUCGCCGCCGGCGAGUUUGAGUCCGGAAAGGAAAAGUGUAAGACCCAAGUCACCGGAACUGGUCGCUGUUGACACCGCUCCACCACCUCAGUAUCCACCUCCUCCUCCACCGCCACCGGCGACAAUUGUGCCACCAUUUGCAGAAUCUCCAUCUCCAUCACCAUCACCGCCAUGCCCAUUAUCACCAGAGAGAUAUUCAACCAGAAGCAUGGACUCAUCUCCGGGAAUUUUCAAUCUUUUGGAUCAGGAUGUUCAGUUUCCGGCGAGAAUCAGAAAUCACAUACAGCAAGCCACACCAGCUUUUGGACCACCUCCGCCACCUCCGUCUAAGAAUAUGGAAAUCCCCAAAACACCCUCACCUCCAUUUUCAAAGCCAGCAUUUAACCCUCCAGUUCUUGAAUCUCCUUUAAAACCCGUAGGAAUUGAGAGUCCAGUAUUGGUUUCUCCAAUGGAGUUGCCUUCUAUUUCGGAACAUAUUGAGAAGAAUGAUGAGAAAACUGAGGAACCCAAACCAAAGCUGAAAACUUUGCAUUGGGAUAAAGUGAGAGCAAGUUCGGAUCGCGAAAUGGUUUGGGAUCAACUGAAAUCAAGCUCAUUUAAGUUGAAUGAAGCGAUGAUAGAAACACUGUUUGUUGUAAAGACUCCAACUUUGAAUGCAAACGACACAGCUAGACGCCCUGUUCCCUCACCGAGCCAAGAGAAUAGGGUACUUGAUCCAAAGAAGGCACAGAACAUUGCAAUUUUGCUGAGGGCCAUAAAUGUAACCACAGAGGAAAUAUGUGAAGCCCUUUUAGAAGGAAAUGCUGAAACUAUUGGGACUGAGCUCCUUGAGAUUUUAUUGAAGAUGGCACCAUCCAAAGAGGAAGAACGUAAGCUAAAAGAAUACAAAGAUGAUUCUCCAGUCAAGCUCGGGCCAGCAGAGAAGUUUCUGAAAGCAGUGCUUGAUGUACCUUUUGCAUUCAAAAGGGUAGACGCGAUGCUGUAUAUAUCAAAUUUUGAUUAUGAGGUCGACUACCUCAGAAAGUCAUUUGAAACUCUAGAGGCAGCAUGUGAAGAGUUGAGAAGUAGCAGAAUGUUCUUAAAGCUUCUGGAAGCCGUGUUGAAGACAGGGAACCGCAUGAAUGUUGGGACAAACAGGGGAGAUGCUCAUGCCUUCAAACUUGACACACUGCUAAAGCUUGUAGAUGUAAAGGGAGCAGAUGGGAAAACGACCCUUUUACAUUUUGUGGUUCAGGAGAUUAUAAAAGGUGAAGGUACUCGUCUUUCCGGAGGAGAUCAGAACGAACAGUGUACCACUAAUGAUGACGCUAAGUACCGGAAACUUGGCCUUCAAGUUGUUUCCAACAUUACUUCAGAGCUUAUAAAUGUUAAAAAUGCUGCUGCUAUGGAUUCAGAAGUGCUCCACAGCGAUGUUUUAAAGCUUUCUAAGGGGAUCGGAAACAUUACUGAAGUUGCAGGAUACAUUGAAGCCGUUGGAUCAGAGGAAAGCAGUACUAAAAAAUUCUCUGAGUCCAUGAACAGGUUUAUGGAAAUGGCAGAAGAGAAGAUCAUAAGGCUCCAAGCUCAAGAAGCACUGGCCAUGUCACUGGUGAAGGAAAUAACCGAGUAUUUCCAUGGAGAUUCAGCUAGAGAAGAGGCUCACCCUUUCAGAACCUUCAUGGUGGUCAAAGACUUCCUAAUGAUUCUUGAUCGCGUUUGCAAGGAAGUUGGAAUGAUAAAUGAGAGGACAGUAGUUAGCUCCGCGCAUAAAUUUCCAGUUCCAGUUAAUCCAAAUCUACAACCUGUCACUAGCAGUUACACAGCUAAACGGCAGCAUAGUUCCUCUGAUGAUGAAUAUUUAUCAUCUUAGUAGAGUUAGUUGGUCAUAACAGGCAACUCCCUAGGUUUUUGCUUCUGGCCAAAACCAAUGUAAUCUACUAUAAAGGCCUUAUAGGAGUUUGCCUGAGACU